AUGUCUGUCGCCAGCUGCUAUGCGGACGCGGUUCUGGGUCCGGACGCGGAGGACGUGUACGGCGCUCGCUUCAUGCAGCCUCCCCCGCACGCGACGGCCCCUAGCAGGCCGCCAGGCGCCGGCGACCACCACGCCGACUUUUCCUCUUGCAACUUCGCCCCCAAAUCCGCCGUCUUCUCCGCGUCGUGGCCGCCGGUCCACCCGCAGGGGAUCUACCACCACCACCACCACCACCACCCUUUCGCGCACCAAACGGACCCGAGAUGCGUCGGGGCGCGACCCUGGAUGGACCCGGUCCCCAACCACGUCCCUCGCUUCGCCGGAUUCCCUCCCGCCCGACGCGCGCCGUGCGCCCGGAAGUCGGAGCUUUCCCCGCCGAAGAUCAGCGACAACCAGCCGGGCCAGGAGGCUGGAACUCGGGCUGUCGCCGGGGACCUUCCCGAAGCUCCGGAAAGGGCGCAGGGUGGAAGCGAGCCUUCCAUCCCCAGCGAGCCCAAAGACGAGAAACAAGUUGACCCGAGCAACCCGGCGGCCAACUGGAUCCACGCGCGCUCCAGUCGGAAGAAGCGCUGUCCCUACACCAAAUAUCAGACUCUGGAGCUGGAGAAGGAGUUCCUGUACAACAUGUACCUGAGCCGGGACCGCCGCUUCGAGGUGGCCCGCAUCCUCAGCCUGAGCGAGAGGCAAGUCAAGAUCUGGUUCCAGAACCGCAGGAUGAAAAUGAAGAAGAUGAACCGAGAAAGAGGCGGCAAGGAGCAAUUAUAG